AAAUAACCAUUUUUUUUCCCAUCACGAACACAUAAAGAUCAAAGUGAAUCACAUCUACGAUCUUCCAUAAAUUUGGGAUGAAUCCUCGUCGUUUCCAGAAAGCUGCUACUCGCUAAGUGGUCGAGAUUCGUCUGAUUUCUUCUCAAUUUCAAUUAUUCACCCAAAUUCAGUCAAUCUGGCAAAUUUAGGGGGGAUAAAUUUGCGGCCUCGCUUGGCAUUGAAGCAAACUCUACCGGGGGACCCAGACGACGAAGAGUGCAGACCCUGGCGCAGAAAGAUCUUAUUUUUCUCACCGCAAUCGAUAACUAUGGCAUUCAAAUUUAGUUGGGUUUCGCUGAUGAAGGUUUCGCUAUUUCUGCUGCUGAUUGGGGCUAUUUUAGUUGCUUGCUUCACUCUCCCUGUCGAGAAGAUACUGAAGGAUUUUUUAGUAUGGAUAGAGCAAGAUCUUGGCCCUUGGGGUCCCCUAGUGCUGGCUGUUGCAUACAUUCCUUUAACGGUGUUGGCUGUUCCAGCUUCCAUACUGACUCUGGGUGGUGGAUAUCUCUUUGGCUUGCCUAUUGGUUUUUUUGCUGAUUCUAUUGGUGCAACAUUAGGUGCUGGGGCUGCAUUUCUUCUUGGGCGAACAAUAGGAAGAUCCUUUGUGAUUUCCAAAUUAAAAGAUUAUCCCAAGUUCCGAGCAGUUACAAUUGCUAUUGAGAGAUCAGGAUUUAAGAUCGUGUUGUUGCUCCGGCUUGUUCCUCUACUUCCCUUCAACAUGAUGAACUACCUCUUAUCCGUGACUCCAGUACCUAUUGUUCAUUACAUGCUAGCAACAUGGUUGGGCAUGAUGCCGAUCACUUUUACUUUGGUCUAUGUGGGAACUACAUUAAAGGAUCUUUCUGAUGUAACACAUGGAUGGCAUGAAUUCUCCAGAACCCGAUUGGCAUUUAUCUUCCUGGGUCUUCUGAUGUCUGUGGUGUUGAUAAUAUGCAUCACAAGAGUUGCAAAAUCUGCUUUAGAAAAGGCUUUAGCUGAAACCGGGGCCUGUCUAGAUGGAGAUGCCUUGCCACAAUCGUUGCCUCUCAUGUCCUCUCCUUUGGUCAACCUCGAUGAGCCACUUAUAAUCAAGAUUGAUACCGAUCAAGACAACCACGAACACUAGUUCAUCACGUGUAAAUUCUCUCUACUCCCAAUUUUUCAGUUGUAAUAUCUUUCAUAUUCAUCUGUACAGUCGGCAUCUAUAGUCUUUAGCUACAUCGAACUUCAUGGUUAUUCAAUGUGUACUUUAAAUUUCACUUCCUGUAAUUGUUCUUCAUGUCAAAGCUAGCACAAGAAGUUUUCUGAUCAAUGCAACGUCGACUUGUUUGAGACC